AACUAUUUUUUCUUAAUGUUUGUUUCUUUGGGAGGGGCACAAGUCUUCCUGCGAUUUCGUUCUUGCCUGAGACCUUUGGUUGUUGCUAUGGCAACCACAUGUACACAAACCCUGCUAACAAGCAACAAGCAGCUGAGGAUUUAAUUUACAUUAUGGUAAAGGCUAUACGUUUGUUUUUUAACGUCUUGCUAACGCGCUACAUGUAUGGGUUUGACGUUGACUUUUACGUGGUCAUAAACCAAGUUAUUUCAAGGUUACCCUGCUAACGCUAGGUUAGCUGUUUAGCAAGUUAAACAUUUAGCAUUAGCUAAAUGGAAACUACUGUGUCAGCUAUGCUUCAAGAACCAGGGACGAGCCCGUCUGUGAGCAGUCACAGACCCGCCUCAGGAAAAUCACAGGACAUUUCUCACGUGUUAGCAAGCAUUUUCAAGGACCUGUACACAAAAGACAGCAUCGGGAAAGACACUUUGUCCAACCUUAUCAAGACAAAGAGUGGACAAAGCAGCUACCAUGACAAAUAUGUUGAAGAGCUUCAACAGGCUCAUUCUGAAUACAGCCAUUGUAUAAAGGAGGCAGACAUGCUUGAGAGUCAUAUAAUUCAGGCAAGAGCUCGGGCUGCAACCACUGUCAACUCAGAAUUUUCCUGGUGCUUAGACGAAGACCUUCUCAAAAUGAACAACCUGAUUUCCCCCCAGGACUACUUACCUACACAAAAACCACGAGUUGGAGCACCAGCAGGAGUAAAAUCAAAUCCUGCCAAACCCACCCUUGCCUACGCCAUGCAUGUGUCCAAGGAGCCUCAGGAUGAUGGUUAUACACUGAUUCCCAGUCCAGAAAAGAUUGUAUUAGAAAUGAACGAGUCAGAUCUCAGCCUGACUUUCAAGUCCAGCUCAGAUACCCCAAAGAGGAAGAAGACUCCCAAAGAGAAGCCAAAUCAAACCAAACCCAGACCAAAGUGGAAGGGGGAGCCAAGUGCAAAGGAUAAGGCAGAGGCGUUGCAGAAACUUCAGAAACUGAAAGCUCAACACAAUUUCCUACGCAAUCCUCACUUCCUUCCUCCAAAUGCACAGCGGGGCGGCAUGUCCCUCAUCCAGCCUAGGUCCAAAGUGGUGAAGACAGAACAUGAGAGGAAAGGGGUGGAGGAGCAAAGCUCCACUGAUGAUCCUGUCCCAGUCUUCCUAGCAAAACCGUCAGUGGUGGUUUUUACUGACUACAGUGUGGGACAUGUUUAUGAGACAACACUGGAGCUGAAAAACUUGACUUCCUCGAGCCGUCAUGUCCGAGUCAUCCCUCCAACCACUCCUUACUUCUCCAUUGGCCUGGGGAGAUUCCCUGGUGAGGGUGGCGUUGUUGCCCCUGGGAUGAGCUGUAAGUACAUGGUGCGGUUUGCUCCAGACUCCCUGGCAGAAUAUGAGGAUUUCUUAGUGGUGGAGACCCAAGCUGAGGACCUGCUUGUGGUGCCCAUCGCAGCCGCACGACCCCCUCCAAUACUCACCUUGCCAAGAGUUCUGGACUGUGGUUACUGUUUGAUUGGAGGAGUGAAGUUUGUCGAGUUUCUGUGCCAAAAUGUUGGACUCAGCAGCGGGACGUUCUGCAUAAUCCCAAAGAACCAGUGGCCAGCCUCGAACCUCAGGCCUGUGGCCAGAACAUAUUUUUCUGAGCAGCCACCCUUUGCAGUCAGCCCGUCUCUUUUUGUCCUGCAGCCAGGAGAAGCCACUGUAGUGGAGGUGGUUUUCUUUCCCAAUGCUGCUGAGAGGAGCUGUCAGGUUUUCACUGUUGUCUGUGACAACUGCCAGGUGAAAGACAUUUCCAUUGAAGGGGAGGGCCAGCUGAUUGCUCUUGAGCUAGUGUCUGUAUCUGGGGAGAAGGAACCUCCUGUGAUUGGGGAAGUGCAUGACCUCACUGCAGACCACUUUGUCCGUUUCAGCCCAUGUAACCCUCACUCCGUGCAACAGAAAAAACUCAUCAUUAGAAAUAAUGUCCACUUGGAGCUGCCUUUCCACUGGCAGAUCUUGAAGCCCAACCUGCACCCUCUGCUUCCAGGGGAAACCCCUGUGCCUUCCCAUAUCCAGUUCCACCUGGCCACAGAUGAUGCUUUCCAUGUUAGCCCCCUAACAGGCCUUCUGGCCCCCUGCCAGGACCAUGAGUUCCUUUUUACCUUCUGUCCCAAAGAGUUGAAGGACUACCACAGUGUCUGUCACUUAGUCCUGAGGGAUGUCCCACAGCUGCCACCCGAGCCCAGUGAAAACAGUGCCCUUCAGCCUGUGCGCGCUGGCUCCAAGGUGAGCGAUGUCAUCGUCAUGGAGAUAGAGGUCAAGGGGUCAACAGAGCCAUACCAGGUCCUGCUUGAGCCGUACGCUGUCGUAAUCCCUGGAGAGAUUUUUAUUUGCACAACCACCCACAGGCGGUUCAAGAUGUGGAACCACAGCAAGACCUUCAUCUUUUUCCAGUGGGAAAGGAUGAACAGCAGCAGCCACAUAAUGGAAGUAGAGCCCUCUACUGGCAGAAUAGAGGAGAAUGAGUGCUUUGAUUUUGAUCUAAUUGUGACUGGAGGUAAACCAGAGAGGGUUGUGACCAGUCUGGUUUGCCACAUAGAGCAUCGCCAUGAGCCCGUCACCUUGGCUGUGGAAGUCUCCUUCAAGGGUCCCAUAGUGACCCUCAGUGUGCCCAGUGUGGACUUUGGACUCAUGAGGCUUGGGGAGCAGGUGCAGACCACCCUGCUCCUCACCAACAACAUCCAGCUGGAGGCCUCCUGGACAAUUGAGGACAGUCAACAAAAGCACCAAGACCCACAGAUAUUAGUGGAGCCAUGCAGAGGUGUGCUGCCCCCCUUGGCCUCUUGCAGUGUGGAUGUGUCCUUCAGACCACGUUUCUCCCAGCAACUUGAAACAGAGUUGGAGCUGAAGGUGGAGAAUGGAACAGGAUGUCACCUGUCAGUGCGAGCAGAUGUGCAGUCUCCUCAGGUGUGUCUGCUGAACUGUGAGCUGCUCCUCUCUGAACUCUACAUUGGAGUUCCUGCCAAGGGCGCUGUCACUCUUUUCAACCAGACGCUGCUUCCUUCAAACUUCACAUGGAUGGCUCAGCUGCAGGGUAAACAGGCUUCACUGUGUACAGCCAGUUUUGAGCCUCCCUCUGGUACUCUGGGACCUAAUGCCAGCAAGGAGAUCACAGUUAAUUUUACCUCUCACACAGAUCUGGAGCUGACUGAGGUGGCUGCUCUCUGUGAGGUCCAGGGGAUGAACUCUCCUCUUGUUCUUGGCAUCCUGGCUUCCAAAACCAAGAAACUCAGUGUGUCUUACUCACUGCCAAGUGUCUGCUCUACCCCAGAUGAUGAGAGCCCCUCAACACUGGUACUCGAUUUCGGAGGUGAUGUCGUUUUGAAGAGAGCCAUCACAAAGCAGCUACUGAUAACCAAUCAAACUAGUGUCCCUGCCACUUUCACCAUAGAGGCAGAGUAUUUCACCUGCCAUGCCUCGAAGCCAAGUAACCAGUCAGGGAAAAGAUUCACAUACGUUAGAAAGCCGCUUCACUCCGUCCAAGCUAAGAAAGUAGAUGAAAGAGCACAUGAGGAGUUUGUGAGCAGCCUGCUGGCUCAUGGAAAAGGUGCAGCUUUCUUCGUCCUGCCAAACACAGGGACGCUGGGACCAUUUGAGACCCAGACUGUGGAUGUGACCGCCUACACUGACAUGUGGGGGGAAUACAGAGAUCAUCUCAUAUGCAAAGUGGGGGACCUUGAGCCCCGGCUCAUUCCCAUGCAAAUGACAGUGAAAGGAUGUCCGCUCUACUUCCAGAUGACCGGCCCCCGACCAGAUGACCAGAAACAGGGGCCAAUCAUACAAUUUGGCACUCAUGCAUCUGGAGGUGACACAGUGUCUCGUUCUCUUCGCAUCAACAAUCCCACCAUGUCUGAUAUUCGCAUGGACUGGGAGACAUAUAACAUAGAUCAGAAUGACCGUAAAUUGGUGGAUGUUGUGGUGGCAUAUGGAGACGCCUUCCCAGUCAAAGACGCUGAUGGCAAUGAGAUGAUGAGUGGAGCAAUAAGGCUUCCUGAUGGGAACAUUCAACCAGCCUGGGAAAGGACUCACACUCCAGGCUCUGAUGGAACGAGCACCUCCCUCCAAAGCAAGGCUGACAUGGAAGAGGAGGAAUAUAUAAACAAAGAUGACUGUGAUGAAAAGGAAACCUGUCUUUAUCCCCUUCCUGCAAAGAAAAAACUCUUCUCUGUCCAUAUCCGACCUCAUGUGGGCAACCUCUCAGAUUACCCCUUCUGCAUCACGCCUCAGCAAAUAGUGAUUCCAGCAAAGAGCAGCAGCACAACCCAUGUAUCUUUCACGCCUUUGACUCUUUCCGGUUCAGCCUGUGAGUCCAGAUGUGUCGGUUUAGCUCUGGGCUUCAUGAGUCUAGACUCCAAGAUGGCUGCUUGUGUCCCGGGGAAAGUUGGAAGAGCUCAGGGUUUGGAUUUGGAGCCUGUCAGGGUGGAUCUACUAGCAGCCGUUAAGCCUGCAGUGCUGUUAGUGCAGAUGGAAGAGGACGAUGGGGUGCUGAAGUUUCAUGCUUCGGCUGGUGAUUUACUGAGGGCAGAAUCGGAGAAGGAGCUGGUAGUGCAGGAAUUUGACAUCACACAGACACUUCAGCUGAAAAACACCUCAGAGAUGUCCCUACACUUCAGACUGGGGACUGAGCCUCCAUUUAUAGUGCUCAAGCCCCGGUCUCGAGCCUGGACCAGCACCUCCAGCAACCCGCCAACUGGUGACAAUCACUCUCUGGUGCUGCAACCACAAAAGAGCAUGCAGGUGAAAGUGGCCUUCCACUGCUCUCUGCCUCUUCUGGACCACGGGGACCAGACGGAUGAGGAAGUCCCUCCUGGGGUGACGCUGAUCCAUGAUGCAAGUGGGAAGAGGAAACUGAGGUUCCUGCAAAACCUUCUGAUUCGCUACAGCAACAACACCAUGCAGACCGUGCCCCUCUGUGCCUAUCUGGAUCUUCCUACUCUGUGUCUGUCCGCCCACACGAUCAACUUUGGGUUUUGCUACGUGGGGGAGACGGAGAUAAUAGAAGUAAACCUCUACAGUCAUGGAGCCCACAUAUACUGGGAAUCAAUUAUAGAGUCAGAUGAAGGGGAUCCUCGUGUGUUCAGAGUCACACCAGACUUUGGGCUUCUCAGGUCCAAGGAGCUCCAUGUCAGCAGCUGCAGCCAGUGUCUACAGAUCAGGUUCACUCCCAGUGAGGACAGAGAGUUCAGAGCCAGAGUGGUAAUCCAGUCUCUUCUGAUGAAGACCCCCCUCACUCUGCAGCUCCAGGGAACAGGAUCGUUAGUUGAAGCGUACAGGUCUAAUUAGAUGUUCCUGUAACCACCUGCUGUUUAACUUACUCUCCUUAAAUCAACCUAUUCAUAUUCCUUUUGUAAGAUUGUAAAUAAAUACAAAGAACAACUUGUGAAGUCUCAAUCACAUGACCUAAAUAUGUGUCGAGACUUAAUACACAGUAGAUGUUAUAUACAGUAGAUAUACAAUAUAAGACCUUAACUGAAUUGUAGUAACUCAAACUUGUGUCUUUGCACAUCACUGAAGGAUUUCUGCUGUUAAGCGCUGCUAUGAUGUGAUGAUGUGUAGACAAUGCAGUUUCUCUAUCUCACGAUAGAUCUCUUUUAUUUAGUGAUGUUUCAAAUCAUUCUCCAUUGAUCCUGAUUUGAUGUCUUCUCCUAGAAAACAUAAAUCCAAGACAGCUCCAGUUCCUAUUCUAGUCCCAGUGCACAUGUACAUCAUGUGAUAUGCCCUAGAGACAUUUUAGAAGAGGAAACUGCCGGACAUGGAUUCCAGGAAAGCCUGUUUGUGCAUUUUUUUAUUGGAGUUUUAUCAAAUGAGUCUUGUACUUUUCCAAGAAAUGAGCAGCAGUUCUGUUGACAAAAACCCUCUGCCUCUGUGCGUAUCCUUGCUGAGCAGUUGUCCCCUGACGGGCAGUCGAGAGGAUGACCCAGAGCAAUGGCUCCUCUACUGGGAAUCCCAGACUUGCCCACGGUCUGCUGAAUAGGAAAUCCAUCAUUUAAUGUGAGUUUGAUCUGUAAAAAAAAAAAAAAUCAAUUCCCCAGUA